CCACUAGCUCUCUCACCUCUCCUUUCUCCCACUUCCCGCCUUGCCCCUACUCCCUCGCUUGCAGUCAUCAUCGUUCACACACGAUGGAUGACUACGAUGAGUUCGGAAACUACAUUGGCGCCCUGAGCGAUUCGGACGAUGGCGAUUCUGAGAUCGCUGCCGAUCUUGACGAGCCUGCUCCCUUGGAAGGCUUCGAUGAGGGCGACGAUGAUGCCGAUGAGCGCAUGUCAGGGCUGGAUGAAGAGGACGAGGAAAGGAUCGACCCUUCUUCAGCUCUCAUCCGCGUGGAUGAGGCGCCUCAGAAUGCCGUAGUGUUGCACGAGAACAAGAAGUACUACCCUUCGGCGGCAGAGACGUAUGGAGAAGACGUGGAGACGCUCGUAAUGGAAGAGGAUGCGCAACCCCUUACGCAACCCAUCAUCGAGCCUGUCAAGACUAGGAGGUUUGCCAUUGAGGAGGAAGGUUUGCCGGAGACCAGAUUUGAUCGAGAGUUUAUGAUGAACCUCAUGAACUUCCCAGACAUGGUCAGAAAUGUUGUAGUAGCGGGUCAUUUGCACUCGGGAAAGACGAGAUUGAUGGAUAUGCUGGUCGAGGAGACUCACAAGAUGGAGAUUGACAUGGAUAGGAAUACGCGCUACACUGACUCGCAUCUGCUUGAGCGUGAUCGAGGCAUCAGCAUCAAGUCUGCUCCCAUGUCUUUGGUGCUCCCAACAACCAAGGGCAAAUCAUACCUUUGCAACUUGAUUGAUACCCCGGGUCACGUCAACUUCCAAGACGAGGUGGCAGCAGCUACUCGCCUGGCGGAUGGUGUUGUCCUCGUAGUAGAUGUCGUAGAGGGCGUCAUGUGCGGGGCGGAUGCCAUCAUCAAGCAUGCCAUCCGCCAGGGCUUGUCCAUCGUUCUGGUGCUGAACAAGAUCGACCGGUUGAUCCUGGAAUUGAAGCUACCUCCGGCCGAAGCCUACUUCAAGAUCCGCAAUGCGAUCGACGAGGUCAACAAUGCCAUUGCUACGCAUGACACGAAUCCCGCUCGUAGAAUCGGCCCAGAGAGGGGCAACGUCGUCUUUGCCUCUACGCAGUCCGGCUGGUCUUUCACCCUGCGCUCCUUUGCCAAGCUGUAUGCUGACAGCUUCGGUGGCAUCGAUGUUGAAGCCUUCGCCAAGCGUCUGUGGGGCAACAUCUACUACAACGAAGAAUCAAGGAACUUCUCACGGAAAGCUGCAGACCCCGAGAGUAAGCGCAGCUUUGUUCACUUCAUCCUGGAGCCGCUAUAUAAGCUCUAUACACAGGUACUAUCCAGUGACACAGAUUCGCUAGCAGCGACAUUGAGCAGCCUUGGUAUUCAACUGAAGCCAGCCGUCUUCAAGAUCGAUGUGAGGCCAUUGCUCAAGAUCGUUCUGAAUCACUUCUUUGGUCCUAGCACCGGCCUCAUGGACGUCAUUGCCGAGCACAUUCCCUCGCCCAAAGCCGCGGCAGCCACCAAGAUUGCCAGCUCAUGGAGUGGGCCUUUGGACUCGUCACUGGCACAAAGCAUGGGUCAGUGUGAUGCAGACGGACCUCUUGUCAUCCAGAUCGCUAAGCUGUACCAGACGAUCGAUGCCCAAGACUUCCGCGCCUUCGGGCGAGUACUCAGCGGAACCGUCAGAGUCGGCGAUCGGGUCAAGGUGCUGGGCGAAGGCUAUACCCAAGACGAUGAGGAGGAUUUGGUGAUGGCUACUGUGGAAGGGGUGUGGGUGAAUGAGACGAGAUACGUCGUGCCGUCUGAGGGAAUUCCAGCUGGAUCCCUGGCCCUCUUGGGUGGUAUCGAUGCCAACGUCAGUAAGACUGCGACUGUCGUGUCUCCCUCUAUUCCAGCCGAGGAGCUCUAUGUCUUCAAGCCGUUGGUUCAUAUGACUCAAUCGGUCCUCAAGGUUGCAGUGGAACCGCUGAAUCCCUCUGAAUUACCAAAGAUGCUGGACGGUCUGCGCAAGAUCAACAAGUCAUACCCUCUUGCCACUACCAAGGUCGAGGAGAGCGGUGAGCACAUCAUCCUAGGAACAGGAGAGCUAUAUCUGGACUGUGUGAUGCACGAUCUGCGCAAGCUCUUCAGCGAGAUUGAGAUCAAGGUUUCUGAUCCCACUGUUCGGUUCGCCGAGACAGUCGUGGAAACGAGUGCGGUCAAGUGCUACGCUCAGACGCCAAACAAGCGCAACAAGCUCACGAUCAUUGCUGAGCCGCUGGAAAAGGGCAUCGCUGAAGAUAUCGAGUCAGGUCGCCUGAACAUCCAUUUACCUCCUCGCGAGCUAGGCAAGGUCUUUGUGGAGAACUACGGGUGGGAUUUGUUGGCAGCGAGGUCCAUUUGGGCCUUUGGACCUGACGAAGGGGGACCCAAUAUUCUAGUGGACGAUACACUGCCGGGAGAGGUGGACAAGAAGCUCCUCUACUCUGUGCGCGAAUCGAUCAAGCAAGGGUUCCAGUGGGCAACGCGGGAAGGUCCAUUGAGCGAUGAGCCGAUCCGCAACGUCAAGUUGCGAAUCCUCGACGCGGAACUGGCGUCUGAGCCGAUUCACCGUGGUGGUGGUCAGAUGAUCCCUACGGCCAGACGGUGUAUCUAUGCUGCCAUCCUGAUGGCGACACCGCGACUGAUGGAACCCAUCUACUAUGUCGAGGUGCAAGCUCCGGCAGACUGUGUCAGUGCCGUGUACACGGUCCUGGCCCGGAGGAGAGGACAUGUGGUGCAGGAUCUGCCAAAGGCCGGUACCCCACUGUUCACUGUCAAGGCGUACAUUCCCGUCAUCGACGCCAAUGGCUUCGAGACUGAUCUGCGGACCGUCACGCAGGGUCAAGCCUUUUGUCUCCAGACGUUUGACCACUGGAGCGUUGUUCCUGGAGACCCAACAGAUACGACGAUCAAGCUGCGACCGCUGGAGCCUGCGCCGCCCCUGGGUCUGGCGAGGGACUUUGUGCUAAAGACGAGGCGGAGAAAGGGUCUUAGUGACCAGAUUGCUGUCUCGAGCUAUCUGGACCAGGAGAUGGUCGUUGCGCUGGCUGCUGGCGGGUACGACUUGAGCUAGGCAUCUGACGCGGGGUGGGCAAAGGGCAAGGCUAUUUUUGUCGCAUUCUGUACUCUCCUUCUCUGAUGGGCCACAAUGUACUAUAUUCGAAGACAU